ACGGUGACAGAAACAAAUAACAAAAGGUGCAAGCGGCAGACAAUGCUCUGAGCUUGUACAGAUAUUGUAAUGAUGCAAAUGAAGGCGAGGAGACGGGCUCCCUUAUUAUGUACAUAAAUACACACUGGCUCCUAGUGCCAUAGAGGGGAGAGAGAAGGGUGGAAAAAAGCCCUCCUCGAAAAUUGCUGCCAGUUUGAAACACGCUCCCCUGGCAACCCCUCUGCUGGCCUGGUGGCGCAUUCGUCAGCGACUCAGGAUUCCCGGCCAGCCCGGCCAGGGGAGAGACAGCAGCGUGGUCAGGGCUGGAGAAUCCAGAUGUGACCGCGCCUCUGUCUCUGAACUCCAAAACUUCCAACUGAAGAGGAGGGGGAGAGGGGAGACGGACGACCCUUGGAGCGAAAGAGGGAUCGAGGCAAAGGAGAAACAAGGACUCAAACUUAGCAGCAACUUUGGUGAAGGUGGUGUGUGAGGGCCCAGGACUUCUCUCUCCGCCCCACAACCUUCUAGGGCCCACCGCGCUGCCGCCGCCGCCCCUUUCUCCUUCAGUUCCUGAGACCCCCAUCAACAGAUCAGAUUCGCAGAAUUUUCUUCCCCCUUCUCUCUCUGUUAAAACACCCCUCCCCCUUCCUUCCUCCCCACUCCCAGUGAUCGCUGAUUUAAGCCGAGGAGGCGGCGGAGAAGAGGGGUGGACGGUGGAGGGCGGGGAGGGGGUGACGCUAUGGAAGUGGCAACCGAUCAACCCCGUUGGAUGGCCCACCACGCCGUACUGAACGGGCAGCACCCUGACUCACACCACCCGGGCUUAGCGCACAACUACAUGGAGCCGGCACAGCUGCUGCCUCCGGACGAGGUGGACGUCUUCUUCAAUCAUUUGGACUCCCAAGGCAACCCCUACUACGCGAACUCCGCGCACGCCCGGGCCCGGGUCUCCUACAGCCAGGCUCACGCGCGCCUGACCGGUGGCCAGAUGUGCCGGCCUCACCUCCUGCACAGCCCCGGGAUCCCCUGGCUGGACAGCGGCAAAGCGGCUUUGUCGGCGGCGGCGGCGCACCACCACAAUCCCUGGACGGUGAGCCCCUUCUCCAAGGCGCCCCUGCACCCAUCGGCAGCCGGGGCCCCUGGUGCCCUCUCUGUUUACCCGGGCGGCGGCAGCAGCGCUAGCAGCGGCGGCUCCGUGUCCUCGCUCACCCCGGCCUCCCACUCGGGGUCGCACCUCUUCGGCUUCCCCCCGACCCCUCCUAAGGAGGUGUCCCCGGACCCUAGCGCCACCAGCGCUGCCUCACCCGCCUCCUCGUCGGCCGGGGGGACCCGGCCCGAGGAGAAGGACGGUAUUAAGUACCAGGUGUCACUAUCGGACGGGAUGAAGAUGGAGAAUGCCAGCCCCCUGCGGACCAGUUUGGCUUCUAUGGGCACGCAGCCCUCCACCCACCAUCCUAUUCCCACCUAUCCUUCCUACGUGCCGGCUGCCCACGAGUACAGCGGCAGUCUCUUCCACCCGGGUGGCUUCCUGGGCGGUCCUGCCUCCAGUUUCACCCCCAAACAACGGAGCAAAGCCCGGUCCUGCUCAGAAAGAAAUCCGGUUUCUUCGUGUUUCCAUUUAGAAGGCAGAGAGUGUGUGAACUGUGGAGCCACUGCCACCCCUCUCUGGAGAAGAGACGGCACGGGGCAUUAUCUGUGUAACGCCUGCGGGCUCUACCACAAAAUGAACGGUCAAAAUCGACCUCUCAUUAAACCAAAACGAAGACUGUCAGCGGCCAGAAGAGCAGGGACCUGUUGUGCCAAUUGCCAGACCACCACCACUACCUUAUGGCGACGCAACGCAAAUGGGGAUCCUGUUUGCAAUGCUUGUGGACUUUACUACAAAUUGCACAAUGUGAACAGGCCCCUGACAAUGAAGAAAGAAGGCAUCCAGACCAGGAAUAGGAAGAUGUCUAGCAAGUCGAAGAAGAGCAAGAAAGGGUCAGAAUGCUUUGAGGAACUGUCCAAAUGUAUGCAGGAGAAAUCCUCCCCCUUCAGUGCUGCCGCACUGGCCAGCCACAUGGCUCCCAUGGGGCACUUGCCCCCAUUUAGUCACUCGGGACACAUCCUGCCCACCCCCACUCCCAUCCAUCCUUCUUCCAGCAUUUCCUUUGGACACCCGCACCCAUCCAGCAUGGUGACGGCUAUGGGAUAAGACCCCGGCCAGAGACUGAAGAUCACGGGGUUCGGGGUUCGGCCCAACACAACACCAAGGAAAGAAAGGAGGAUGUUGGGGUGGGGAGGGAGAAGACAAGAUGGGAGAGCGGGGGGAGGGGACCUUGACUCCAGAGUGGUCUGAAACUCUCAGUGCUGGACUCAGAAGCAUGCAGUGAUGGGUCUUUGAUUAAAAUUGUUUAUAGGUGCCUCAGUGCACUGGGCCCCCUCGAGUUUAAAGAAAAAAGAAGAAAUAGUCUGGUCCCUGCUGGUCCAGCAUGCAGCAAAGGCAGUGAGAGAAGCUGCAGAAGGCAGAUGGAUAGGGCUUUCCUUUCUCUCGUUAUUACUGUGAAUAUUGUCAAAGUGACUGAACAUUCUCACUCUGGCACCAGACAGUAGCUCAGUCCAGAUUUCUAUUGUGGACUAUUGCUUGGAAAAAAGGGCAACAUUCUAAAAAAAAAAAACAAAAACAACCACCUUAAUUUUAGACGAAAAAGGUGAAAAAAGUCAUUAUUUAUUUUGCUCUUAUUUUCCCGAAAAGAGCUACAAACUUUGCAUGAGUUUGGUCCAGUUUUAGAAAUGUCUGCUUUGGUAGGAAGCUCAGUUAAAGCAAUGCCAAACAGCUGGAUGCUCCCUUGUUUCUGUUCUUUUUAACGUUCCGUCACAAACAUUCACGAGAGAUACAAAAGCGGAAAACCCUCAAGCUGCUUGCUGGCUGUUAUCUCGGCCCCCAAAUUUGCCCUGAGUCCAGCAUUCCUUCUCCUCACAUGCAGUCUUUUAUGAAUCUGUAAGCACAAGGCAUUAAUUAAUUCAUUCAAGGUAACGGCAGCAGGAACCACUGGGGAGCAGGCUGAGAGACAUUAUCCCAAACUGGCUGAAGUGGGGAUUCCACCAUUUUUUUUCCAAAAAAACUCUGGAAAUCUGUCAGAAUGCAGUCUAAGCUUUUUUCAAGUCUCUUUUGGAGGGAUACCUGUCUCGGAGGACCCAGCCUUCUUGUUGCAAUGAACUUAAGGGUCCUUUAGCUAAGACCAUCUGUCCUGAAGACCUAAAUGUCUUAUCUACUGUGAGGGACCAGCCCAGAGGAGGGUUGGGACUUGGGAGAAUAAGACCAGAGCAAGAGAAGGGUAGAAUUUGCUAAUGAAUGGGAAAAGACAAUCAGUUCAGUUUCAGACAAACUUAGAAACUUAGGUCCAACAGGUGCUGUCAAGGCAAUAGGUCAGAGAAAGGAAACAUCUUGGGGAGAGUGGGCAAAGGGAGGUGAUUCCCGUAGCACACUUUUUUUUUAUUUCAAGGGAAGAAAAAAAAAAUUCAAAAAAAAAUUUCCAAUUAUUAAACCGUAUCGUGCAUAAACAAUUGAAACUAAAGCUAUUGCAGGUGUGAUGUGUAUCCUAUUGAUUGUUAUGAUCCGAUGCCUCUCCUGAGCAUAUGUUCCAGUAUAACAUAAGAUGUACAUAUUUAGCUAGUCUUCUGAUGAAAAUCCCCUCUGGGCUAUGGGGAUCGAUUACGUAAAAACUGCAUAAGCUUAACUCUGUGAUGAGUUUUUUUUUUUAAUUUAAAUUUUUUUGGAACAAGCCAAUUGUAUCUUACUGCAAAAGUAAUGUUAAAAAUAAAGAAAAAUAAAAAAAGAUGUACAUUAAUUUUUUUUUCUGAAUAUAUAAUUCAAAACCAUUUGAUACAGAACAGAGAGCCAAGAUCCACCAGGAAAACUGCUUUAAAUAUUCUUUUUUUCUGGUCUGUGUAGGCAAGGAGCUGCACUUUGUAAAGAAAUGAACACAAAAGAAUGGGGUUGGGGUGGGGUGGGGGGGGGAAGCUGGUUGGGAGAAAUUGUAAAGUUGUUCAUCUACUGAGUUGAAAUUUGGUCCUUUCAUUGUUUCUGACUUUUACUAUGGUACAGCUGUACAUUAUUUGUACCGAACUUAAAUUCUGUAAGCAGGGGUUGGGGUGGGGAUGGGCAAGUAGGACAGUGAGGGAGCAGAAGGAAUUGUACUGAUACAGUUGACAAAGUGCAAUAUAUUGUCAGUCACUGCAGCGUAGGCAACGCCAGUCAGGAUUUAAAUUAUUUUGUACUUGUAUCAGCAUAAGAAAAAUCUGCAGUAUUUUCUGUUUAUUUUUUAUUUUGCUUGUUUAUUUUGGAUUAGUGAACUAAGUUAUUGUUAAUUAUGUACAACAUUUAUAUAUUGUCUGUAAAAAAUUGUAUGCUAUCCUCAUACUCCUUCAAGGUGAAUACUGCUAAGAAUAAUAAAAUACUUUUUUGUGAAAGCAAUUGAA